UCUCUCUCUCUCUCUCUCUCUCCCCCCCUCUCUCUCCCUCUCUCUCUCCCUCUCUCUCUCUGUCUUAUAAAUACAGGAUACAGGAGGUGGGAUAUUUAAGUCUGGGCCAAUUCAAAUUCAAUCCCACUCUUGAGAAAAACCAUGACAAGCACGAAAUCCACUGGAAAUGUCUCCAUGGCAACAUCUUUAGACAGGGAAGAUGGAUCUUGGACUAGCUGAGGCAAAUAUCGGUUGGCCCCUCAGCUCUUUUCCGACUCUUCCCCAGCUUCAACUGACACUUGUAAAUUUCGCGAGAUAACCAUAGCCUCGCACUGAAACUUGCAAUGGAACACUUGCUCCCUUAAGUUAGCUUGUUUCUUCUGAGCAGCGGCAGGGCCUCUGACAGCCCUCUGCCCAGAGCUCGCCACUCUCGCGUCAGAUUCCACCCACCCCCCAACAGGAUCCAGCUCACUUGGGAAGCAGUCUCACUUUCCGGUUUCCGUUUUUUUCCACGUUGCUCAACUUUAAACAAACAAUAAGAAGUAUUUUUUUUUUUAAGGCCAGAACAGCAACAACAACAAAACUCCCAAAAAUUGAGUCAGUAACUUUCGUAGCUGAGAAACUGCGCGACGCAGCAGCCCGAAGGGCGGAGAAGGGAUCCUGGGGCCACACUCAUUCUGCAGCUACAGACCAGCUCCCAGCCAACAUGAGUCAAAUGCCUAGGAAUUCCUUGAAAAUUAUUCUGAGGCAGCUGAAAUGCCACUUUACAUGGAACUUGCUGAAGGAAGACAUUGAUCUACUUAAUCUGGAAGAUACAAUAAUUGACCAGAUUGAAUUCCUUGAUAUGAAAUCCAAAGUCACCCUUUAUAACCUCCUGGCCUAUGUCAAACAUCUAAAAGGUCAAAAUGAAGAGGCCCUGAAAUGCCUAAGACACGCAGAAGAGAGAAUUCAGGUGGAACAUGCUGACCAAAUAGAAAUAAGAAGCCUUGUGACCUGGGGAAAUUUUGCCUGGGUCUACUAUUACAUGGAAAGAUUUCCCAAAGCCCAGUAUUAUGCAGACAAGGUGCAGAAAGGUUACCGGAAACUGCCCAAUUCAUCCCGCUAUAAGAUCGAGUGCCCGGAAGUUUAUUGUGAGGAAGGGUGGGCUCUGCUAAAGUGUGGCAGGAAGUAUUAUGAAAGGGCCAAGGCAUGUUUUGAGAAGGCCCUGAAGAUAGAACCUGACAACCCCGAGUUUAAUUCUGGCUUUGCCAUCGCAGCCUAUCGUCUAGACGAUAAGGAAUAUUCGUGUCAAAGGGUGUCAUCUCUUGACCCUCUCCGACGAGCGGUUGAACUCAACCCGGACAACACAUUUGUCAUGGCCCUUCUUGCCCUGAAGCUUCAAGACCUAAAACAGGAAGCAGAAGGAGAACGCUACAUCAGGGAGGCCUUAGAGAAGAUGUCCUCUCAGCCAUAUGUCCUUCGCUAUGCUGCCAAAUUUUAUCGGAGACAAAACUCCCCCAGCAAAGCCCUGCAGCUGUUAAAAAUCGCCUUACAGGCUACACCCACUUCUGCGUUCUUACAUCACCAGAUAGGCGUUUGCUACAAAGUCCUGAUGAUCCUGGUGAAACAGUCCACCAAGAAACGACCCCGGGAAAAAGAGAAAGAGAAGCGGGAGCUGAUUCAGUCAGCCAUCUUUCAUUUUCGAGCAGCCAUGGAACAGAAUUCCAUGUUUGUGUUUGCCUAUACAGACCUCGCCAACAUGUAUGCCGAGGCUGGUCAGUAUGAGAAGGCAGAAGAUGUAUUUCAAAAAGCGUUUCACCUGCAGCACGUGACAGACGAAAACAAGCAACAGGUCCAUUUCCAUUACGGUCGCUUUCAGGAGACUCACCGGAAAUCAGAGGAUGUCGCAAUCUAUCAUUACUUGGAAGGCGUCAAGAUAAAAGUAGAGUCUUCUAUUACCUCCAAACUGAUAAGUGCUCUGCAGAGACUGGCCACGCGGCGCCUUUACGAGAAUGCCGUGGAUGUAAAGAGCCUGGGCGCCCUGGGCUUCAUUCACAAGCUCAAGGGACAAAAGAGACAAGCCAUCGAGUGCUACGAGAGAGCCCUGAAGCUGGAUCCUGAGAACGGGGACUUCAUCAGUGCCCUGUUUGAGCUGCGGCUUUCCUUUUGAGCUUCCCAGUUGGUGCUGAAGAACAUUUAGGAGCUUUGUUCCCAAGAUGAAAUGAAAAAACCAGGCAAGCCUAGGAAGUGUCAGGACAAAAGCCUUCGCAUUAAAUGGGGAGCUGGUGACUCGAUACAUCCCCUAUUUGAGCUGAGGCAUUGUCUGAAUCCUCCAGUUUGUAGCAUGAACGCUAAAAAAAAUUUUUAGGUUCACAGAAGAAUGUGAUAUUUCUUGGGGUAGCAAUGGUAGCACAGUGUAUGGAACACCAGGCCUGAAGUUUGAGGACCUGGGUUCAAAUAUGACCUUAGUCACUUCCUAGCUAUGUGACUGGAUAAGUCAUUUAACCCUAGUUACCUAGCCCUUGCUGCUCUUCUGUCCUAGAACUGACGCUAAGACAAAAGGAAGGGUUUAAAAAAAAAAAGAAAGUGAUAUUUGUGAUUAUCCUCUAUUAGGAGCAUAUGUUUCUACAGUAUGAACAUACAAAAAGACUAACAUGCAUGUAGUUUAGACAGUAGUUUAACGAUUUCUUUUUAGUUUCUUUCAGCAUGCAUUUGGAAAAAGUAAUUCUUGUAAUUAUAGAUUUGAAUAGAAUAGACUGUGGAACUUUAGAAGUUCCCUAAUACAAAAUGCUUUUUUCAUAAGGGAGGAAAUUGAGACUCAGAGAAAUCAAGUGAUUGGCUGAGCAAGAUAGUGACAGAGCCAGGAACCUGUUAACCCCCAGCCCAGUUCUCUUGUCCUGUGCCUGACUACCUUGCUCCUUAUCACUUAUAAUGACAAGAUCUGUGGGAUGAAAAAAUGCUGCUUAAUUCUGCAAUCUGUGCCUUGCAUAUUUCUUGUGUAAAUAAAACUGCCUUGCCAACACAAAA